AUGACUAUUGACAACCAAGUUGGACUUGAUGGGCAAAACAUGGUUGCUCCCAUUGAUGGAACCAUUGGAGGUAGUGCUCUUGGAAAUGGAAAUGGGUUAAGUGAGUCGACGCCCCAAUUUGGGAGUGGUCAGCCACUUACAAACCCUUCAAUGCCUGGCGCUGUAAGCGUAGGAUUGAUGCCAGAAAAGUUUGGUGGGAAUGGGUUCAAAACUUGGCAACAAAAGAUGCUUUUCUUUUUGACCAAUUUGAGCCUUGACAAGUAUCUGAAAGAUGAUGCACCCGUUGUCCCACCAGGGAACACUGAUUCAACCAUUAUGGAUCGGUGGACCCAGUCAGACUUUCUGUGCAAGGGCUGGAUUCUAAGCCGCUUGAUAGACCCAUUGUACAAUGUGUACUGUGAGGCGAAAACCUCCAAGCAACUUUGGUUGGCCUUGGAGAAGAAGUAUAAGUCCGAGGAUGCUGGCUGUCAGAAAUACGCUACGGCGAAAUUUCUCAACUUCAAAAUGGUGGAUUCAAAACCCAUCAUGGAACAAGUUGAAGCCUUGCAAUUGAUUACGCAUGAGAUAGCCGCUGAGGGUAUGUCGAUUUGUGAAAUUUUCACUGUCAAUUCCUUCAUUGAGAAGCUUCCUCCAGGGUGGAUGGACUUCAAAAACUAUCUCACUCACAAGCGUAAGGCAAUUACCCUCGAGGACUUAAUUGUCAAGCUGCGAGGUUGA